AUGGCAGAGGAGGGUCCUGAGGAAGCAGAGGGGCCAGUAGAGCCGUGUUCACAGUGUGGGGGCCUGAGCAGAUCGGACGGAUGGGCAGCAGCUGGCAAGGCUGCCCAUGUGCCCCUGCCCGCUGGGCCACCCCCCGCCAUGGCCAUCGUGCAGACGCUGCCGGUGCCCCUGGAGGCCAUCGCUGAGGGGGCUGCGCAGCUCCACACCACUGCCCACUCUUCCCCCACCACCAUGGGUAGUGUGGGCAGCCUCCUGCCUGGUCGGCCCCGCCACGACCGCACCAGCCAGCCCUGCAACAGGGAGCCCCCUGCUGCCUCCUUCCACAAGCAGGAGGGGCUGCUCCAGACCACCCCCCGGGACCGCCCAUCCCCUGAGGAGCCUGGCGUCACUGUGCCCGGCAUCACCCAUGCCUAUGCCAAUGGGGGCUUCUGUGGCGACUGGCUCGAUGGCCCUUCUCCCACCAGCCCCUGCAGCGACUCAGAUGAGCCCCAUGAUGACCGAGCCCCAAGUGAUCAUCUCCGGGGUCCACCCCCUAAGCUCGUCCCAGUCUCUGGCAAGCUGGAAGAGAAUGUGGAGAAGACCCUGAUCCGCCCCAUGGCCUUCAAGCCGGUGGUGCCAAAGCUCCGGGGUGCCCAGCCAAGCAUGCGCCCAGGGCUCUCAGAGAGCCAGGUGAGCCUCACCCACUUGUUGGGUGCUGAGAAGCCUGGCUCUCUGAGCUGCCGUGCCAGCACCCUCUCAGACUCGGGACGCAACUCCCUCUCCAGCCUGCCCACCUACAGCACGGGCUGCAGCCAGCACCCCGAGGUGGGCACCCUGUCAACCACUCCUCAUGGCCCCGCCGACCCUCCGGGGGGCUGCCGCCCCUCCAACUCGGACAGUGGCCGCUCGUCCUCUAGCAAGAGCACAGGUUCACUGAGUGGCCGGGGCCGGCCCUCCUCGGAGAGUGGCUCCUAUGGGCGCUCUCCCCUGCCUGGUGAAGAGGCCAUGCUAAUACGGGAGCUGGAAGACAAGCUGCGGGAGAGGGAGGCUGAGCUGCAGCUCCUGCGGGACAGCCUGGACGAGAAUGAGGUGGCCAUCUGCCAGGUGUAUGAGGAGAAGCAGCGUCGCUGCGAGCAGGAGCUGGAGGGGCUGCGGCAGCGCUGUGCGGCCCAGGCACGGCAGGCAGCCCAGGCAGCGCAGCGUGGACAACAAGUCCUGCAGCUCCAGGUACUCCAGCUGCAGCAGGAGAAGAAGCAGCUGCAGGAGGAUGUUGCCCAGCUGCUACAGGAGCGGGAGGUGUUGGAGCGUCGCUGUGCCUCCUUUCAACGUGAGCGCACUGAGCUGGCGCCCCGUCUGGAGGAGACCAAGUGGGAGGUGUGCCAGAAGUCAGGGGAGAUCUCACUGCUGAAGCAGCAGCUGAAGGAGGCGCAGGCAGAGCUGGCACAGCGGGGAGCCGAGCUGCUGGGGCUGCGGGCACAGCUGCGGGAGGCACGGGCACAGCUGCAGGCAGGCGAGCAUCGGGUGCAGGGGCUGCAGGAGGCUGCCCGCCUGAAGGCGCUGGAGCUGGAGGUCUGUGCCAACGAACUGCAGCGCCGCAAAAGCGAGGCUGACCUCUUCCGCGCCAAAGCCGGACGCCUUGAGCAGGAGGUGGUGGGGCUACGGGAAGUGGUCCGUGGGCGGUGCCCUCAACCCAGUGAGGGGUGCCCCCAACCCGGCGAGGGAUGCCCACAACCCAGUGAGGAGCCCCGUGGCAGCAUGGGGCUGCGGCAGCAGCUGGAGCAGCUGCGGGCUGAGGUGGCCCUGGAGCGGCAGCGUGGGCAGGAGCAGCAGGAUGCCUUCGAGCAGGAACGCAGCACGUGGCAGGGCGAGAAGGAGAGGGUUAUCCGCUACCAGAAGCAGCUGCAGUACAGCUACAUCCAGAUGUACCGCCGCAACCGGCGGCUCGAGCAGCGGCUCCAGCAUCUCCGGCUCCAGGGCGAGGACCACCCACCUGAGCAUCGUGACCCCCCCGGCUCUGACCCACACUUUGAGGAGAUCACGGCCACUGAGAUCUGA